GAUAAUUUAUUAGGCUUAAUGGGUUCCCGGGACAUCUUUCCAUAAGCCAAGGUCCGCGGAGCACACUCUUUUUCUCUCUCGCGGGUGGAGAGGCACGGAGAAGGACAGUCCAUCGAAGGCAGUCAGGACGGUUACUGCAGUGCGUGGCAGCAGCGAGGGGUCUUAGACGGGCCUGUCAACGACGCUUCUUCUUCUUCUUCUUCUUCUCGUUGCUCGUCGCGGAUUUAACGCAAUGAAGUCGUUGACACUUUUAGCGCUUGUGGUCUAUCUUGCGCGCGGUAGCUGUGGAAUGACCUUCCAGGAAAAAUAUGACAUUUGGAGUCAAGAUCUGUUACCAGGUUUCGUCAUCGAGACGUCUAUUGUAGAUGGUCAAAAAUGUCACUGCAAGGUUCCUGGGCCUUCUUCUACAACUAUAACCUCGUCGCCUCAUACGACUACAACCUCAAUGCCUCCUACAACGACAACCUCAACGCCUCCGUCGACUACAACCUCAACACCUCCUACGACUUCAACCUCAACACCUCCUACGACUACAACCUCAACGCCUCCUACGACUACAACCUCAACACCUCCUACGACUACAACCUCAACAACACCACCUCCUACGACUACAACCUCAACACCUCCUACGACUUCAACCUCAACACCUCCUACGACUACAACCUCGACACCUCCUACAACUACAACAACCUCCACAACCACACCUAAACCUACAACUACAACAACGACUACAACCACACCAAAACCUACGACUACAACAACGACAACAACCUCUACAACGACGCCAAAACCUACAACCACAUCAACAACUACCUCUACAUCUACAACAAAACCUACAACCACAUCAACAACUACCUCUACAUCUACAACAAAACCUACAACCACAUCAACAACUACCUCUACAUCUACAACAAAACCUACUACUACAACCACGUCAACAACUACCUCUACUACUACAACAAAACCUACAACAACAACUACAACCACACCAAAGACCACAACUACAACAACGACGCCGAAGACUACAACUACCACUACAACAUCCACUACGACGACGAAGAAGCCUACUCCAGUCAACUGUGGGACGAGCUGCAACGUCACUUAUAACCUGAACAAGGCAAAUUAUCCGACAUCUCCCGUCAACUUGAAAUGGGACUCUCCCAAUUACCCGAACAAUUAUCCGGACGGCUGUGUCUGCCAGAUCACCGUGAAUCUGCAAGCGUUUGGAUUUGUGGAGAUCUCAUUCGCGACGGGCUCCACCAUCUACAGCAACUCGAACUGCCAAUACGACAGGCUGGUCAUGAGUGGAGACCUUUUGCAACCUGGAAACGUCUGUGAUACCACCAUGGACUCUUACAGCGACUUCAUCAUGAACGCUGAUGGAGUCCCGCAGUCGUUCACCGGAACUUUCUACUCCGUGACCGGAGACGGGAACACAGUGGCGAAAGGUUUCAGGAUGAAUAUAUACGUCGAGCUCUGGAUGUGGAGAGACGGCCAGGAAAACCUCCCAGGUCAGGUUCAGUUGGACAGAAGUCAGUCGAACGCGAUCCCAGCCAAUGUAACGCAACCGAAGCUGAGCGAGAAUUAAGGAGUGAUAGAACGAGCAGGGGAGCCGUUUCAGAGGCAAAUCUCAACUACCACUACUACUACUACGUAACUUGUGUAGAUGAAUGUACUCCGAGCCUACUUGCUUCUUGGGGAAAAACUAGAUAUUUUCACGUUUUUGUUCAGUAAACUUGUAAUGAUAAUUUAUCUCACACGGGGUAAAUGGACCAGCUAUUAUUUUAAAUAGGUGUGAUUAAUUAAAUGCACAUUCUACAGGUUUGGUGGUCUUAUGGCUUGCAAUAAUGGGUGUAUAUUCUACUUCUGUACAUCUGCAAUAUUGGAACCCUGAUGUAUAUCCAGAAUAAAGUUAUAUACUUCUACGA